AUGGAAUGGAUGCCAACACCUGAGGGGCUUUCACAGCUGCUGCAGCUGCUUAAAGAUUCAGUGUCUUCCGAUAACGAAAUUCACACCAUGAUACAACAAAAACUUGAAUCAUUCAAUAAAAUACCCGACUAUCCCAAUUACCUUGUAUACAUUCUCACUCAGAUGCCGCAGGAAGAGGCAUCCACCCGUGCGAUCGCUGGCCUUUUAUUAAAAAAUACAAUUCGUGUAUAUUUUUCGACGAUUCAACGUGAUGUACUUUCAUAUGUGAAAACUUUAUCAAUCAAAGGGUUAGGAGAUUCAGACGUUAUGGUACGAGGUAUUGUCGGAAAUGUGAUUACCACUAUUGUAACGCGAGGAGGAUUGGCCGAUUGGCCGCGAGUCUUACCAAGUUUAAUGGAGUUAUUAGAUUCUCCAGAUUAUAACGUCGGUUCAUUUGGUGCCCUCCAAAAGAUUUGCGAAGAUUCAGCUCGUGAACUUGACCAAGAUAUAGAUGGCACACGACCUCUUAAUUUCAUGAUUCCUAAAAUAAUUACAUUUUUUGAUUCACCACAUGUUAAGAUCCGUGUAUAUGCUGUUUCUUGCGUAAAUCAAUUCAUUCUGAUGAGAUCAAAUUCACUUUAUAUACACAUUGAUGCGUUCGUGGCGGCUCUUUUCAAACGUGCUAGUGAUGAGAAUUCCGAAGUCCGUAAAAAUGUCUGUCAGGCUUUAGUAAUGUUACUUGAGGUGCGUCCAGAUAAACUUAUGCCUGAAAUCAGUAACGUUGUGGAAUAUAUGCUUUAUUCUACACAAGAUCAAGAUGAGCAAGUAGCGCUAGAGGCCUGCGAAUUUUGGCUGGCAUUUGCUGAACAAGAAGAACUCCGUGAACAUUUGCGUCCUUUUCUUCCUAGAAUUGUACCAGUGUUGUUAAAGGGUAUGGUUUAUAGUGAAAUGGAUAUCAUGACUCUUGGAGGUGAUGAAGACGAUACCAAUGUGCCAGAUAGUGAUACAGAUAUUAAACCCCGAUUUCAUCGAGCAAAAACUCACACAUUUGAACGUACUGAGGCAAAUACAGCAGCAUUAGAUGUACUUGCUACUGUUUUUGGAAACGAAUUGUUAGAAACUUUAUUGCCUUUCUUAAGAGAACAACUAUUUCACCAAGAAUGGAAACAUCGCGAAUGUGGUAUUUUGGCUCUCGGAGCUGUAUCGGAAGGUUGUAUGGAGGGAGUGGAACCUCAUUUACAAAACUUGGUUCCUUAUCUCAUUCAAACACUCAGUGAUCCUAAGCCGCUUGUUCGUUCAAUUACAUGUUGGACACUUGGUCGUUACUCUCGAUGGUGCGUAAAUCCUCCCAAUCCAGCUCAAGAUAGACCCAAAUACUUUGAACCUUUACUAGAAAUGCUCUUACUAAAAGUUCUUGAUAAUAAUAAACGUGUUCAAGAAGCCGCUUGUAGUGCGUUUGCUACUUUAGAGGAGGAAGCAUGUGAAUUGCUUAUUCCUUAUUUAGAUCCAAUUCUUCGAAAUCUCGUUUUUGCUUUUACUAAAUAUCAACAUAAGAAUCUACUCAUUCUUUAUGAUGCAAUCGGUACUCUUGCCGAUUCUGUUAGUUCAGCACUUAACAAGAAGGAAUACAUAGACAUUCUUAUGCCUCCACUUAUUGAAAAAUGGCAUUUACUUAAAGAUGACGAUAGAGAUUUAUUCCCUUUACUAGAGUGUUUGUCUUCAGUUACAACUGCUCUCGGAUUAGGAUUCCAACCUUUUGCUCAACCAGUAUUUGAACGUUGUGUUAAAUUAAUUCAUAAUACUUUAUUACAAUAUCAAAUGCAGCAACAAAAUCCUUCAUUAGAUAUGCCAGAUAAAGAUUUUAUGAUCGUUGCUUUGGAUUUAUUAAGUGGAUUAACCCAAGGAUUAGGUGGUCACAUUGAGGCUCUUGUCGAACACAGUAAUCCACCAUUAUUACCUCUAUUGAGUGUUUGCCUAACAGAUCCUGUUGCUGAGGUUAGACAAUCGGCCUAUGCUUUAUUAGGCGAUCUUUCUAUCGCAUGUUUCUCUCAUAUCAAACCACAUCUCAGUCAAUUCAUGGUUGAAUUGAUUAGUCAAGUUGAUCCCACAGCCGAACAUGUUAGUGUUUGUAAUAAUGCUGCUUGGGCAGCUGGUGAAAUCGCCUUACAAUGUGGUGCGGCUAUGCAACCAUGGGUUCCACCUUUGCUAGAACGCCUGAUCCCUCUUCUAACUAGUGAAACCACUCCUCGUACAUUAUUGGAAAACGCCGGGAUUACUAUUGGUAGACUAGGCCUCGUGUGCCCACAAUUGGUUGCUCCACAUUUAGAUAUAUUCUCCGAAGCAUGGUGCAAAGCUUUACGAUCAAUCCGUGAUAACGACGAAAAGGACACCGCUUUCCGUGGUUUAUGCGAAAUGAUUCAAGUUAAUCCAAACGGAAUUGCAAAAAGUUUUCUUUACUUCUGUGAUGCAGUGGUUCAAUGGCAACAUCCACCACCCGAAUUAAAUGAAAUAUUCCGUAAAAUUCUCACUGGAUUUAAACAGAUGAUGGGUCCGAAUUGGGAUGCAUACACAAGCCAUUUCCCACCUCACAUAAGGCAACGACUUCUUGAACGUUACGGACUUUAA